AUGUUUCUGAGGCAGGUGCUGGAUGUGGUGUUUGCCGAACGCUACCUAAACGCAUCCAACGGUGAUCUCGGUCUCGCUGCGACUCUCUUUUUCGACGAGUCUACUGAACAACAAGACGCUACUUCUGAGCCCGACGUCGACAUGGCCGAUUCCGAUCCAACACCCGAUCCCACGCAGAACCCUCCGCCACCAACAAGCGCUGGCGGCGGACGCACUCUUGGUGGCGCGUACGUUCCUCCUUCACAGGCACCAGCAGCAGCAUCAUCAUCAUCUCGGCCUGCCGCUGGCCGUGGACAGCCCACACAACGAGGUGUGGCAGGUGCGAGGACGCUGAGGGACUUGCAAUCAGGUGGCGGACACGGACACGCCCACGACGACGAUGAUGGCGACGACGGACCGGAUGAAGAGAACCAGGACUUCUUUGCCGGUGGCGAGAAGUCGGGCCUAGCAGUCCAAAACCCCAACCAGUCGAAUCCUCGCGAUCAGAUCAACAGCAUCCUAAAGCGGGCACGGCAGAAUGCUCCCCGACCGGGUGGUGACGAAGAGCCGCCAACCAGCUCAUUCUUCCGUGGUGCUGGUACUACGCUGGGCGGUGACGAUGCUCCCUCACGUACGAUCCCGGACCCCAACGCCAAUAUCCCCGCACCGCCCCCGCGCGCUCAUCGCGAACUCCAUCUCUGGCGCGACGGCUUCUCGGUCGAUGACGGCGACUUGUUCCGCUACGACGACCCGGCUAAUGCGCGCACGCUUGAGAUGAUAAACACGGGCCAUGCUCCGCUACACAUUCUAAACGUUGAGCACGGGCAGGAAGUGGACGUCGAGGUACAUGCGCACAAGGAUGAGGACUAUGUGAAGCCAAAGAAGAAGUACGUUCCUUUCUCGGGAAACGGAAACAGACUUGGUAGCCCUACCCCUGGUGCAAGUUCAUCGGCUAGUACCAUGCCGCAGCCGGCCUCAGGGAGCACGGCGGCCUCGACCUCGGGAGGCUCUGCGCAACCUACAGUUGACGUGGAUUCGUCGACGCCUACGCUUACGCUACAAGUUCGCCUCGGUGAUGGCACACGGUUGUCGUCCCGGUUCAACACCACACACACCAUCGGCGAUGUCUACGACUUUGUGGACAGGGCUAGACCGGAUAGCCAGGGUCGCCAGUGGGCGCUGAUGACGACAUUCCCUAGCAAGGAGUUGACUGACAAGUCGCAGGUGCUAGGUGACAUUGCAGAAUUCAAGCGCGGCGGUGUUGUGGUGCAGAAGUGGAAGUAGGAAGCGCUGUACGUCGGUGUGCACUCGAGUCAAAAAUUGCCGGAAUGGUGCGGGGCACGGGUAAUAUCAAGAUAGCAGAAGCGUUGGGCUGAUGGUGAUCACAAGUGGAUGAUUGCACGACUGCAUCAGCAUCAUGCAUCGAUGCAGAGAGCGAGGCGUUGGUAGACUUGGGAAGGUAUUUCGACGUGACAUGGCAAAUGCCGAAAUAGCAUAACUUGAGAUAAACAUCGAUGCUGCACGUUGCACGUUGCGACGUUGCACAAUGGUUACGCACUCUAA